AUGACCCAGCGAUCCUCGGUGACCAUCAAGUCUGGGGGCACACGGAACUUCAGCGCCUCCUCAGCUAGCCUCCUUCCUGGCUGUCGGCCCGGAUUCAGCUCUGUCUCCGUGUCCCAGAGCGGGAAGAGUUUCGGAGGCGGUGUAGGGGGUGGUUUUGGGACAAGAAGCCUACACAGUUUUGGGGGUAACAAGAGAAUCUCCAUUGGCGGGGGCUACCGCUCCAGCCGAGCCAGCUUUGGAGGUGCUGCCUGUGGUCUGGGUGUCAGUGGCAUAGGAUACAGAGUUGGGGGAGCUUAUGGCGGGUAUGGAUUCGGAGGUGGGAUGGCCCCUGGAGCUGGAGGCAUCCAUGAAGUCACUGUCAACCAGAGUCUCCUUACGCCCCUGCACCUGGAGAUCGAUCCAUCUCUCCAGCGGGUUCGAAAGGAAGAGCGGGAGCAGAUCAAGACCCUCAACAACAAGUUCGCCUCCUUCAUAGACAAGGUGCGGUUCCUGGAGCAGCAGAACAAAGUCUUAGAGACCAAAUGGAGCCUCCUCCAGGAGCACAAAACAACCAGGACCAAUCUAGAGCCCAUGUUCGAAGCCUACAUUACCAACCUGAAACGCCAGCUGGAGUGCCUGGGAGGGGAGCGGGGCAGGCUGGAGAUGGAGCUGAAGAACAUGCAGGACGUGGUGGAGGACUUCAAGAACAAGUACGAAGAGGAAAUCCACAGACGCACAGCGGCAGAGAACGAGUUUGUGGUGCUCAAAAAAGAUGUGGACGCCGCCUACAUGAACAAGGUGGAGCUAGAGGCCAAGGUGGAUGCUCUGAUGGACGAGAUCAACUUCCUGAGAGCUUUCUAUGAGGCGGAGCUGGCUCAGCUUCAGGCUCAAAUCUCUGAGACCUCUGUGGUGCUGUCAAUGGACAACAACCGCAGCCUGGAUCUGGACAGCAUCAUCGCUGAGGUCAAGGCCCAGUACGAGGACAUUGCCAACCGCAGCCGGGCAGAGGCUGAGUCCUGGUACCAGACCAAGUAUGAGGAGCUGCAGCGGUCUGCUGGCCAACGUGGGGAUGACCUCCGUACUACCAAGAUGGAGAUCUCUGAGCUGAACCGGGCCAUGCAGAGGCUGCGUUCUGAGAUCGAUAACCUGAAAAAGCAGUGUGCCGCACUCCAGGCUUCCAUUGCUGAUGCAGAGCAGCGUGGGGAGCUGGCUCUCAAAGACGCCAAGAACAAGCUGGCCGAGCUGGAGGACGCCCUGCAGAAGGCCAAGCAGGACAUGGCCCGUCAGCUUCGCGAGUACCAGGAGCUCAUGAACGUCAAGCUGGCGCUGGACAUAGAGAUCGCCACCUACCGCAAGCUGUUGGAGGGCGAGGAGUGCAGGCUCACUGGGGAAGGCGUUGGUGCCGUGAACAUCUCUGUGGUCUCUUCCUCCGGUGGCACAGGCUACAGCGGAGGUGGCGGCCUGUGCGUGAGCGGCGGCGGCUACGGCGGAGCCGGCUACAGUGGGAGUGGCCUCUGCUACGGUGGAGGCAGCAGCGGAGGCUUUAGCUCCACUAGCGGCCGCAGUGUGAGCGGCAGCAGCUCAAGCAUGCGCAUUGUCUCCAAGACAUCGUCCACCAAGAAGAGCUACAGGAGCUAA